CGUGCUGUGAUGUGCGUGAUUUGUCCAAGCUCUGAGCACAAGCCAAUCAUCUGGCCAGAUUCCCCUCUGAUCACGCGCUGUUUUUACAAUUCCGAGCAGCUGCUUUAACAAAUAACUUGGAGCGAGCGUAACGGUCGCCAUGGGGCAACACGGCGCCAAGACUCUCCAGUUCCUUAGCAGUUUUAAGGUGAGGGGGAAGCACGCUGAACAUUUGCGCUAGACAGACAACUGAACUACAAGACAGAAAGGAGUUUGAGGUGCUGAAAAGAUGUCGAGACGGACUCUAUCUCGUAUAUCUGGGGAGAGGGAAGAGAGGAGCGUGGAUCAACCAGAGGCGACAAAGAUGUAUGGCUCAACUGUUCACAACUUCUGCUUUAAGCUAUCUGGAAUGACUCGCUUUUUACAAGUCGCGUGAAUAACUUUUAACAAACCGAACCUCAGAGAACAAGUUGUUCCGGGAUGCCAGACAAUAUCGCUUUUCUGACGAACAGCACAGAUUUGGGGCACGUCGGUCGCGCGUUGGGUUCGAGCGCGCGUCCCGCCUGGGCAAUAGCGGUGCUGGCCAGCGUGCUGAUCUUCACCACUGUGGUGGAUGUUUUGGGUAACCUGUUAGUCAUAAUUUCGGUGUUCAGGAAUCGGAAACUGAGAAAUGCUGGCAAUGUGUUUGUUGUCAGUUUGGCCUUCGCUGACCUGGUGGUGGCUUUCUAUCCUUACCCGCUGGUCUUGUACGCAAUCUUCCAUGACGGCUGGUCUCUGGGGGAAACCCAGUGUAAAGUCAGCGGAUUCCUAAUGGGCCUGAGUGUGAUCGGCUCAGUUUUCAACAUCACUGGCAUCGCCAUCAACCGUUACUGCUACAUCUGUCACAGUUUUGCCUACGGACGUCUCUACAGCUUCCGUAACACGCUGCUGUUAGUGGCCCUGAUCUGGGUGCUCACUGUGCUCGCCAUUCUUCCCAACUUCUUUGUGGGUUCACUGAGUUAUGACCCUCGCGUUUACUCCUGCACCUUCACGCAGACAGCCAGCAGCUCGUACACUGUGGUGGUGGUGGUGGUUCACUUCCUGGUGCCCAUCGCGGUGGUGACUUUCUGCUACCUGAGGAUUUGGGUUCUGGUGAUACAGGUGAGGAGGAAGGUGAAGAGCGAGGAACGCUCGAGGGUGAGACCCAGCGACCUGCGCAACUUCGUCACCAUGUUCGUGGUGUUCGUUUUAUUUGCAAUCUGCUGGGCUCCACUCAAUCUAAUCGGUCUCGUGGUGGCCAUCGAUCCAGAGGUCAUGGCUCCACGUAUUCCAGAGUGGCUCUUUGUGGUCAGCUACUUUAUGGCCUAUUUCAACAGUUGCCUCAAUGCCGUCAUUUAUGGACUCCUCAAUCGGAACUUCCGAAAGGAGUACAUGCGGAUCCUGACGUCGGUUUGGAUUCCUCGGAGGUUUGUGACUGAGACCUCCAAGGCUGCCACAGAUGGGAUGAGGAGCAAACCCUCACCAGCCAUCAAUAACAAUGAGUGACUUUUUUUUUUUCAGCCAAUCACUGUUCAGAAGGAAAUGUCAAGGAUGCAUGAAGCAAAUUUCUAUGCUUUGAACUGUGAACACUUGACUUUUUUAUGUGCAACUCAGGGUGCUUGUUCUAUUUUCAACCUUGGCUCAUUGUAAAUUUGUGAGUGCCUAAAUUUCUGCAAAACCUGAAACAUGUUGCUUUGGGUACAUUUCACUGAAUUUUUUCAGGUAACAUGUCUACAAGCAGUGCUAUAACCAUUUCUUUUUUUCCCCCAUUGGAGAUGCAGGUUAAUUAAACAGUACAUCACCAUGAAAAUGACAUUCUUGAGGCUACAAAAUAGUUGCAAAAUGAUUUUGCAUUGCUUGUAGCAAGUUUUUCAGCAGUUUCAAAGCAAAAUAGUCUGUCUAGCAAGUUUUAUUUUCUCUGAAACACUGAACAUAAAUAACCUAAUGCUUUAUUACAUUGUUUGUAGCAUGGCAAUUUAGAAAUUAAAUGUCAGG